AGCUCCUUCAGACUAAUUCUACUUGCUCUUCUGGUGAAGGAAGUUUACUUUUAUUUCCAAAAGAUGUCCACUCUACUGGAAAAUAUCAUUGCCAUUAUCAAUCUAUUCCAUGACUAUUCAACAACAGACAAGGAAACUGACACACUGAGCAGAAAAGAACUGAAGGAGCUCCUGGAAAUGGAGUUUCGGCCAAUCCUGAAGAAUCCAGAUGACCCAGACACUGCUGACAUCUUCAUGCAUAUUCUUGAUUUAGACCAUGACAAGAAAAUAGACUUCUCAGAGUUUUUUCUGAUGGUAUUCAAACUGGCUCAAGCAUACUAUGAUAUGACCAGAGGACAGAUCUUCCAAGCAUCAGAGCAAAACCAAAAAAAAUAUGCAUACCACACACAAGAUGAAGAAAAUGACAUAAGGGAAGAUGAAGUAGAAGAAGAGAAAGAAGAAAUUAGAAAAUCCAGUCAAUCAGGAAAAAGUCAUAGAAAGGGGAAGAAAACAAUAGCCAAUAACCCAAAAGGAAGACAAGGAAAGGGACAUGAACAGACACUAGACAGCUCAAGACAUGCACGAUCCCAUAAGGGUGAGACAGCUGACAGUGGACACUCUGAGUCGGGGUCUCCCCAUCACCAAUCAUCCAAUCAGGCACACAGGUCUAGACAAUCACACUCUGAGCAUGGAAAAUCAUCAUCUGAAAUCGGGCCAGUGAAAAACCCAGGGUCCAGGAUUAGUCAGAACAGUGAUAAUGAAGGACACUCAGAAGAUUUGGAAAGACAGUUUGGAUCUAGCUCAGGAAACCAACAAGGAUCUGCCCAUGGCCAUGGAGGAGAUAGCUCUAGAAACUCUGAGUCUCAUCAGUGGCAGAGAGACAACCACAGACAGCCUAAGUCUACCCAUAGACGGUCAGGCUCUCAUACCAGAAGACAAGGAUCUACUCAUGGACACUCUACACACACCUCAAAAAAAUCAAGGUCUCCUUAUGAAGACAUAUUCUCUCAAGGACACUGUAACUCCUUCCAUAGGCAGUCAAAACCAAGAACAGGAAGACAAGAAUCCCAGCAUGAGCAGUCAGAAGACAUAUCCAAAUACUCAGGUAAUGAAUAUGGACAAUAUUCCGUCAUUUCUAAGGCAAGCAGGUAUCAGGAAUCCAGUUCAAGUCAGGACAGUGACACUGAAGGACAUUCAGAAGAUUUGGGUACAGAAUCCUCCAUGACCCACAAAAGAACUGAGUCCACAUUAAAGAAUCAACAUUGGUCUAACCAUAGCAGGUCACCUGACAGGUCCAGGCAAACAAGAUCCCAUCAAGGGCAGAGGAAUAUACACAGGGAGCCUAACUCUACCCACCAAGAUUCAGGACCGACCACCAGAGAAAGACAAGGCUGCCAUCUAGAGCAGUCACAGGAUAGCUCCCGACACUGGGAAACUGGACAUGGACAAAUCUCUUCCGGAUCUGAUAACACCAGACACCAGGGAUCCAGUAUCAGUCAGGCCAGUGACAGUGAAGGACAAUCAGAAGACUCAGAUAUUCAGUCAGGGUCAGUCCAGGAAUGGUCCAGUUCCAGUCAAAGGAGAAAAUACGGCAGUGUGCAUGGCAGUCCUGACCACUCAGGGUCGUACUUCUACCCGAUACCCUCCCGAGAACAGUUUGACUCUGCCCACGGACAGCCUCAACCCAGUACCCGGGGGAGACAAGGAUCCCGCCAUGAGCAGGCACGUGACAGCUCUAGACAUGCAGGAUCCCGUGAGGGUCAGGCAGCUGAUGGUGGGCACUCUCAGUCAGGAUCCCGCCACCAGCAACCAUCCACUUGGACACAUGGCUCUAGGCAAUCACAGUCUGGGCAUGGACAAUCGUCAUCUGAAUUCAGGUCACUGAGACACCGAGAGUCCAGCGUCAGUCAGGACAGUGACAGAGAAGGGCACACUGAAGAUUCGCAGAGUCCGUUUGGAUCUGGCUCAGGAACCCAACAUGGCCAUGUACAAGACAGCUCUGGACGCUCUGAGUCUCAUCAAGGGCAGAGAAACAAUCAUGGGCAGUCUGAGUCUGGCCAUGGACACUCAGACACUGGUAGUAGGAAACAAGGAUCUAGUCAUGGACACUCUAUAGAUACCUCUAGACAGUCAGGGUCUCAUGGUGGAGAGCCAUCCUCUCGGGGACAGAGUGACUCCUACCAUGGACAGUCAACAUCACGCACAAGAGGAAGACCAGAAUCACAGCGGGAGCAGUCUGUAGACAGGUCCAGACAUUCAGGCACUGAACAUGGACAACUAUACUCUGGAUCCAGAGGCAGCAGACAUCAGGGACCCAGCAUGAGUCUGGCCAGCAGCAGCGAAGGACAUUCAGAAGAUUCAGGUACAGAAUUCGCAAUAACCUAUGAAAAUUCUGGGUCCAGCUCCAGAAACCAACAUGGGUCUACCCAUGGGCAGCCAGCUAACAGAUCCAGACAGUCAGAUUCAUACCAGGGGCACACAGGCGCCCAUAGGCAGUCUGACUCAACCCACCGAGACUCGGGAUCCACCACCAGGGAAAGACAAGGGCGCCCCUGUGAGCACUCAGAGGACACAUCCAGACACCCAGGGUCCCAUCAGGGACAAACAUCCAUCCACAGGCAGUCUGACUCUGCCCAUAGACACUCAGGAUCCAUCACCGGGGAAAGACAAGGGCGCCCCCGUGAGCAGACAGGGGACAUAGUCAGACACUCAGGGACCCAUCAAGGACAGACUGCCAUCCACAGGCAGUCUGACUCUGCCCACAGAGAAUCAGGAUCCAUCACAAGGGAAAGACAAGGACACCAACAUAAACAGUCAGGGGACAUAGGCAGACACUCAGGGACCCAUCAAGGACAGACAGCCAUCCACAGGCAGUCUGACUCUGCCCACAGAGACUCAGGAUCCAUCACCCAGGAAAGACAAGGGCACCACCAUGAGCAGUCAGGGGACAUAGCCAGACACUCAGGGUCCCAUCAAGGACAAACAGCCAUCCACAGGCAGUCUGACUCUGCCCACAGAGACUCAGAAUCGAUCACAAGGGAAAGACAAGGACACCACCAUGAGCAGUCAGGGGACCUAGCCAGACACUCAGGGACCCAUCAAGGACAGAGAGCCAUCCACAGGCAGUCUGACUCUGCCCACAGACACUCAGGAUCCAUCACCAGGGAAAGACAAGGGCGCCCCCGUGAGCAGACAGGGGACAUAGUCAGACACUCAGGGACCCAUCAAGGACAGACUGCCAUCCACAGGCAGUCUGACUCUGCCCACAGAGACUCAGGAUCCAUCACAAGGGAAAGACAAGGACACCAACAUAAACAGUCAGGGGACAUAGCCAGACACUCAGGGACCCAUCAAGGACAGACAGCCAUCCACAGGCAGUCUGACUCUGCCCACAGAGACUCAGGAUCCAUCACCAGGGAAAGACAAGGACGCCACCAUGAGCAGUCAGGGAACAUAGCCAGACAGCCAGGGACUCAUCAAGGACAGACAGCCAUCCACAGGCAGUCUGACUCUGCCCACAGAGACUCAGGAUCCAUCACAAGGGAAAGACAAGGACGCCACCAUGAGCAGUCAGGGGACAUAGACAGACACUCAGGGUCCCAUCCAGGACAAACAGCCAUCCACAGGCAGUCUGACUCUGCCCACAGAGACUCAGGAUCCAUCACAAGGGAAAGACAAGGAUGCCACCAUGAGCAGUCGGGAGACAUAUCCAGACACUCAGGGUCCCAUCCAGGACAAACAGCCAUCCACAGGCAGUCUGACUCUGCCCACAGAGACUCAGGAUCUAUCACGAGGGAAAGACAAGGACACUACCAUGAGCAGUCAGGGGACAUAGCCAGACACUCAGGGUCCCAUCAAGGACAGACUGCCAUCAACAUGCAGUCUGACUCUGCCCACAGUGACUCGGGAUCCAUCACCAGGGAAAGACAAGGACACCACCAUGAGCAGUCAAGGGACCUAGCCAGACACUCAGGGACUCAUCAAGGACAGACAGCCAUCCACAGGCAGUCUGACUCUGCCCACAAAGACUCAGGAUCCAUUACCAGGGAAAGACAAGGGCGCCCCCGUGAGCAGUCAGGGGACAUAGCCAGACAGCCAGGGACUCAUCAAGGACAGACUGCCAUCCACAGGCAGUCUGACUCUGCCCACACAGACUCAGGAUCCAUCACAAGGGAAAGACAAGGACACCACCAUGAGCAGUCAGGAAACAUAUCCAGACACACAGGGUCCCAUUCAGAACAGACAGCCAUCCACAGGCAGUCUGACUCUGCCCACAGAGACUCAGGAUCCAUCACAAGGGAAAGACAAGGACGCCACCAUGAGCAGUCAGGGGACAUAGCCAGACACUCAGGGUCCCAUCCAGGACAAACAGCCAUCCACAGGCAGUCUGACUCUGCCCACAGAGACUCAGGAUCCAUCACCAGGGAAAGACAAGGACGCCACCAUGAGCAGUCGGGAGACAUAUCCAGACACUCAGGGUCCCAUCGAGGGCAGACAGCCAUCCAAGGGCAGCCUGACUCUGCCCACAGAGACUCAGGAUCCAUCACCAGGGAAAGACAAGGGCACCCCCGUGAGCAGUCAUGGGAUAACUCCAGACAUGGACAUGGACAUGGACAUGGACAAAUCUCUUCCGGAUCUGGUAACACCAGACACCAGGGAUCCAGUAUCAGUCAGGCCAGUGACAGUGAAGGACAAUCAGAAGACUCAGAUAUUCAGUCAGGGUCAGUCCAGGAAUGGUCCAGUUCCAGUCAAAGGAGAAAAUACGGCAGUGUGCAUGGCAGUCCUGACCACUCAGGGUCGUACUUCUACCCGAUACCCUCCCGAGAACAGUUUGACUCUGCCCACGGACAGCCUCAACCCAGUACCCGGGGGAGACAAGGAUCCCGCCAUGAGCAGGCACGUGACAGCUCUAGACAUGCAGGAUCCCGUGAGGGUCAGGCAGCUGAUGGUGGGCACUCUCAGUCAGGAUCCCGCCACCAGCAACCAUCCACUUGGACACAUGGCUCUAGGCAAUCACAGUCUGGGCAUGGACAAUCGUCAUCUGAAUUCAGGUCACUGAGACACCGAGAGUCCAGCGUCAGUCAGGACAGUGACAGAGAAGGGCACACUGAAGAUUCGCAGAGUCCGUUUGGAUCUGGCUCAGGAACCCAACAUGGCCAUGUACAAGACAGCUCUGGACGCUCUGAGUCUCAUCAAGGGCAGAGAAACAAUCAUGGGCAGUCUGAGUCUGGCCAUGUACACUCAGACACUGAUAGUAGGAGACAAGGAUCUAGUCAUGGACACUCUAUAGAUACCUCUAGACAGUCAGGGUCUCAUGGUGGAGAGCCAUCCUCUCGGGGACAGAGUGACUCCUACCAUGGACAGUCAACAUCACGCACAAGAGGAAGACCAGAAUCACAGCGGGAGCAGUCUGUAGACAGGUCCAGACAUUCAGGCACUGAACAUGGACAACUAUACUCUGGAUCCAGAGGCAGCAGACAUCAGGGACCCAGCAUGAGUCUGGCCAGCAGCAGCGAAGGACAUUCAGAAGAUUCAGGUACAGAAUUCGCAAUAACCUAUGAAAAUUCUGGGUCCAGCUCCAGAAACCAACAUGGGUCUACCCAUGGGCAGCCAGCUAACAGAUCCAGACAGUCAGAUUCGUAUCAAGGGCAAACAGGCACCCAUAGGCAGUCUGACUCAACCCAUCGAGACUCGGGAUCUACCACCAGGGAAAGGCAAGGGCACCCCCAAGACCAAUCAGAACACAUACCAAGACACUCAGGGAGCCAUCAAGAGAAGACAGCUAUUCAUGGGCAGUCUGGCUCAUCAGCUAACAGAUCCAGACAGUCAGAUUCGUAUCAAGGGCAGACAGGCACCCAUAGGCAGUCUGACUCAACCCACCGAGACUCGGGAUCCACCACCAGGGAAAGACAAGGGCGCCCCCGUGAGCACUCAGAGGACACAUCCAGACACCCAGGGUCCCAUCAGGGACAAACAGCCAUCCACAGGCAGUCUGACUCUGCCCACAGAGACUCAGGAUCCAACACCAGGGAAAGACAAGGACACCACCAUGAGCAGUCAGGGGACCUAGCCAGACACUCAGGGACCCAUCAAGGACAGACUGCCAUCCACAGGCAGUCUGACUCUGCCCACAGAGACUCAGGAUCCAUCACCAGGGAAAGACAAGGACACCACCAUGAGCAGUCAGGGGACAUAGCCAGACACUCAGGGACCCAUCAAGGACAGACAGCCAUCCACAGGCAGUCUGACUCUGCCCACAGAGACUCAGGAUCCAUCACCUGGGAAAGACAAGGGCGCCCCCGUGAGCAGUCAGGGGACAUAGCCAGACACUCAGGGACUCAUCAAGGACAGACUGCAAUCCACAGGCAGUCUGACUCUGCCCACAGAGACUCAGGAUCCAUCACCAGGGAAAGACAAGGGCACCACUGUGAGCAGUCAGGGGACAUAUCCAGACACCCAGGGUCCCAUUCAGAACAGACAGCCAUCCACAGGCAGUCUGACUCUGCCCACAGAGACUCAAGAUCCAUCACAAGGGAAAGACAAGGGCGCCACCAUGAGCAGUCAGGGGACCUAGCCAGACACUCAGGGACCCAUCAAGGACAGACAGCCAUCCACAGGCAGUCUGACUCUGCCCACACAGACUCAGGAUCCAUCACCAGGGAAAGACAAGGACGCCACCAUGAGCAGUCAGGGGACAUAGACAGACACUCAGGGUCCCAUCCAGGACAAACAGCCAUCCAUAGGCAGUCUGACUCUGCCCACAGAGACUCAGGAUCCAUCUCCAGGGAAAGACAAGGACGCCACCAUGAGCAGUCGGGAGACAUAUCCAGACACUCAGGGUCCCAUCGAGGGCAGACAGCCAUCCAAGGGCAGCCUGACUCUGCCCACAGAGACUCAGGAUCCAUCACAAGGGAAAGACAAGGACGCCACCAUGAGCAGUCAGGGGAUAUAGCCAGACACUCAGGGUCCCAUCAAGGACAAACAGCCAUCCACAGGCAGUCUGACUCUGCCCACAGAGACUCAGGAUCCAUCACAAGGGAAAGACAAGGACACCACCAUGAGCAAUCAAGGGACCUAGCCAGACUCUCAGGGACUCAUCAAGGACAGACAGCCAUCCACAGGCAGUCUGACUCUGCCCACAAAGACUCAGGAUCCAUCACCAGGGAAAGACAAGGGCGCCCCCGUGAGCAGUCAGGGGACAUAGCCAGACAGCCAGGGACUCAAGGACAGACUGCCAUCCACAGGCAGUCUGACUCUGCCCACAGAGACUCAGGAUCCAUCACAAGGGAAAGACAAGGGCACCACCAUGAGCAGUCAGGAGACAUAUCCAGACACACAGGGUCCCAUUCAGAACAGACAGCCAUCCACAGGCAGUCUGACUCUGCUCACAGAGACUCAGGAUCCAUCACAAGGGAAAGACAAGGACGCCACCAUGAGCAGUCAGGGGACAUAGCCAGACACUCAGGGUCCCAUCCAGGACAAACAGCCAUCCACAGGCAGUCUGACUCUGCCCACAGAGACUCAGGAUCCAUCACCAGGGAAAGACAAGGACGCCACCAUGAGCAGUCGGGAGACAUAUCCAGACACUCAGGGUCCCAUCGAGGGCAGACAGCCAUCCAAGGGCAGCCUGACUCUGCCCACAGAGACUCAGGAUCCAUCACCAGGGAAAGACAAGGGCACCCCCGUGAGCAGUCAUGGGAUAACUCCAGACAUGGACAUGGACAUGGACAUGGACAAAUCUCUUCCGGAUCUGGUAACACCAGACACCAGGGAUCCAGUAUCAGUCAGGCCAGUGACAGUGAAGGACAAUCAGAAGACUCAGAUAUUCAGUCAGGGUCAGUCCAGGAAUGGUCCAGUUCCAGUCAAAGGAGAAAAUACGGCAGUGUGCAUGGCAGUCCUGACCACUCAGGGUCGUACUUCUACCCGAUACCCUCCCGAGAACAGUUUGACUCUGCCCACGGACAGCCUCAACCCAGUACCCGGGGGAGACAAGGAUCCCGCCAUGAGCAGGCACGUGACAGCUCUAGACAUGCAGGAUCCCGUGAGGGUCAGGCAGCUGAUGGUGGGCACUCUCAGUCAGGAUCCCGCCACCAGCAACCAUCCACUUGGACACAUGGCUCUAGGCAAUCACAGUCUGGGCAUGGACAAUCGUCAUCUGAAUUCAGGUCACUGAGACACCGAGAGUCCAGCGUCAGUCAGGACAGUGACAGAGAAGGGCACACUGAAGAUUCGCAGACUCAGUUUGGAUCUGGCUCAGGAACCCAACAUGGCCAUGUACAAGACAGCUCUGGACGCUCUGAGUCUCAUCAAGGGCAGAGAAACAAUCAUGGGCAGUCUGAGUCUGGCCAUGGACACUCAGACACUGGUAGUAUAAGGAGACAAGGAUCUAGUCAUGGACACUCUGUCAAUAACUCCAGACAAUCAGUGUCUCUUCAGGGACAGAGUGAAAAUCAUGGGCAACCUGCAUCAGGAUUUGGAGAGUCUCAGCAUGGUAGUGGAAUUCUUGAUUCUAGCCAUAUGGAAUCCAGAGACAUAGUUGAGUUUGGAGAUUAAUUUAUGUCAUCCAAUAUAACAGUUAGUAAUAUUAACCCAGAAAUAUCAGUUCAUUCAAUGGGUAAUUCAAAGAAGUUGGGAUUUAUUCAGUCACAAAAUUAUUAUUAUUUUGAGUGAGAAACCAAUAGAAAAAUAAUUAAAAGGGUAGGAACCUGAGCUAAGAUAUAAUUUUGGAUCAAGAAACUUCACAUUAUACCUGCAAAGAGUUUUCUUACCAUUUUACUUUAAAUGGGUUACAGUAUUUCUUUCCUCUGGUGAUAGUUUCAUUUCUUCUUUGGGUAGGUUUAAACUUUUGGUUAGGAAAUUGUCAGUGGUCAAAAUCAAUGUCAUUUAGAACUAAAUUUAGAAAACUCAAUAUUUUGGGUAGUUGUAGUUCAAAUAAGGACUGUCUUUUGAGAUGUUAAAUUUAGGAUAUUUGUAGAUUUUCACAUUUUUCUUUGCCAAAAAUCACGGUUCUGGAAGCCAAACCAAAUAUGUUAAUAUCAGAGUUCAGUGCAUCUUCCUCUACUAUCCUUCUAAUGGAGUUCUAAGUUAAUCUGGAUUUAUUAAAAUCAAAAAACUGAAUUACAUAACUAUUCAAAAUAAACAGUUGAGCAUGUCA